GUCGGCAGUCACACUGAAGAAACGGAACGAAGCGGACACGGAUACUUUUCGGGGAAGAGAUACUUCUUCGUAUUCGUGCGUGGUUUCGUCGAGAGAAAUUGCACAAAUUGCAAUUGCAAACGGAAUUGCAAACGAUAGAGCGGAAAAUCCGUUGAGUGCCAUCGCAGAUCGAAAAGUGCAAUUAGUGUGCGAGUUGUGUGUGUGUGUGUGUGUGGUAGUGUCACCUCAAUCAAAAAAAAUAAAGAAAAGAGAUAACGAAAAAGUGAAAAAUACUGUGGAAUCCAAACUAAAUUAUGCUUAAACUACGGUUUAACCAAAUUGCCAACUAGCCAAAAGUAACCAGCACACCGAAAACAGCCAAAAGCAGCAAAUCAAACGAGAGUAAAUAAAACGCAGUAAAAACCCAGCCCACCAAGGACUCUUGCCCACUUAGAGCUUCCAAUGGGUCAUCACCUCAGCAAGCCCACUGUACGCGCCAAUAGCCAGGACAAGAGCGAUCUGCCCACCAGUGCCAGCCCGAGGGAGACAUCCGCAGCCACAGUAGAGGCAAUUGGUCUGGACGAGGAGGAGCUGCAGGUGGAAGAGAUCCUCACGGAGGCCACAUCGCCGGCGGAAGUGCGUCAGAUCAUAAUUAAAAUUCAGCUGGCCAAAAUGGAGAACGGCAAUGGUCAGGUGGAGGAUCAACUGCUGGAGGAGGAGCAGGUGGAGGGGGCCGCCGUCGCCGUCGCCUCGUUGUCUGCGGACACGUUAAAUGCAAAUGGCCAGAUUGUAAAUGUGACGCUGGAGGGCGGACAUGGGGAAGUGGGCGUGGUGACGAAUCGAACUGCGGGCAGUUCAACGGAAGCGCCAAAAAUCGCAGAAAGACAGCCAGUGAAUAACAACAAUUUAGCGGGAAGCGUCGGCGAUGCCAUAAGUACGUUACAAUUGCACGACGGCAACAGCAAUAGCAAUAGCAACAACAGCAGCAACAUCAGGCCCAGCAGCAACACCAACUACCCCUUGGACGAAGACGACGGCGACGACGACGACGAGUUGGAUGAGUCGCUGCUACGUCGGCGUCGGAGCAACAGCAACAGCAACACUAAUAGCAAUCACAACCACAACCAAAACCACAGCCACGAGGCCGAAGUCGUCGAGUAUUGCGAGGUGCUCGAGUCGCUGCCAGUUAGCAAUAUGUUGUCGGCGGGAACGCAACACAGCAGCAAGCAAGUUUCCAGAAGCAAUAAUAGCAACAGUUGCUGCCGGAGUCGCAGCAGUAAGACAUAUUCGAUGGGAGCAACAACAUCCUCCAGCGCUGGAUCCACAUCCGCAUCCACAUCCACAUCCUCGAAGCGGCGAUGCUGCAAGUGCAAGUGCCGCGAUGCCUUCCGAGGAUUGAGGGACAUGCUGCCCACAUCCAGCACGUCGAGCAAUAAGAAGGACUCCGCCGGUGUGGUGGUGCCUUCAUCGUCGGUUCCGAGGAAAUCCCGGACGGCAGAUCGCCGCUCCACACCGCCCACAUUGGGCGCCUCCAAUGGCAGCAGUGUCCAUCGGCAGCAGGGCCAGAGGAAGCGGAAUUCAGUGGCCGUUCCGGAUGCGAGUCAUCACCAUCACCAGGUGAUCAUCCGGAUAACCUCGCCGCGCUUUGUGGUCGAGUCGCCCAGUGGCCGGGUCACUGUGGUCACCGAACCAGUCGCCCCGCCCCAAACGCCCAGGACUCCGCCCCAGUCACGCCCCCAGUCGACAGCCGCCCCCGGAACAGCAGGCGUUUCAUCAGCAGGCGGAAUCGCUGGGCGCAACAACAUGACGGUGCACUCGCAAAUCGACUUCAUGCACUGCCUCGUCCCCGAUCUGGAGCGGAUCACGAACAGCAGCUUCUACUGGGGCAAGAUGGACCGCUACGAGGCGGAGCACCUGCUCGAGGGCAAGCCGGAGGGCACGUUCCUGCUGCGCGACUCCGCCCAGGAGGAGUUCCUCUUCUCGGUCACAUUCCGCAAGUACGGCCGAUCACUCCAUGCCCGCAUCGAACAGAGCGGUCACAAGUUCAGCUUCGACUGCCACGAUCCGUGUGUGUUUACGGCGCCCACGGUGACUGGACUGCUGGAGCACUACAAGGACCCCGCCUGCGUGAUGUUCUUCGAACCCUGCCUCACGAUUCCCCUCCACCGGCGGCAGACAUUCUCGCUGCAGCAACUGGCCCGGGCCACGAUCGUGUCCAACACCAGCUACGACGGGAUCAACCAGCUGGAGCUGCCCGGUCGCCUGAAGAGCUACCUCAAGGAGUACCACUACAAGCAGAAGCUGCGCGUCAAGCCCAUCGACCUGAACACCCCGGUGCCGUACUACGGCGACGUAUAGCGGGAGGAGCAACAGGUGGGCUUCACCUACUACGAGGACGUGGAGAGCGGCAGCGAGGAGGACGAGGACGACGACGCCGAGGGGGUCAACAUCCGGGUGUCCUAUGUGCAG